AUGUGUACAAGUUUAACAUCUCGUGAUUUUUAUAUUGUUCAUCAUGAAAUGGGUCAUAUUCAACAUUAUUUACAAUAUAAAUCUUCACCAUUUUGGUUUCGUCGUUCACCACAUGGUGCAUUUAGUGAAGCUAUUGGUGAUGCAAUUGCUUUAGCUACAAUGUCACCAACACAUAUAAAGCGCAUUGGUUUAUUAGAAAAUUAUACAUUGACUCGAGAGGAUAAUAUAAACUUUCUAAUUUCACAAGGUUUAAGUCGUUUAUUUCUACCACCUUAUGCAUAUGCCCUUGAUAUUUGGCGUUGGUCAGUUUAUAAUGGAUCAAUACAACCAUUUGAAUACAAUAAGUAUUAUUGGGUUCUUGUGUAA